ACAUCAGAGAGGCUGGGGUGUUCGUAAACUAGUCUGCAGCAAGCAGCAGAUUAAAACAAUAAUAAAUACAUUCACACAGGAACUUCUAUCCUCCCCACCCCCUUAUCCCUCCUUUUCAAAAGUGCUGUACUUUAAAAGUUUUUUUUUUUUUUUUCCUGGCAGCUUGGUGGAAAUACAGAGAGAGCUCCGUCUAAUAACACACAUAGGAAAAGGAAACUGUUGUAUAAUGCAUCCUCAUCCCUGUGCACACACAGUCACACACACAAAAGUUUCCUCUGAGCUCCAAGGGAUUCUUUAAUUCUCAUUCAGCACAUCCUCAGGCAGAAGCAUUUUGGGAGUAAAAAUUUGACGUAUUCUUCAGCGUUCUCUCCCACCUGCGUCCAGUAUUUGUAGCUAAAGUGAUGCGGUCGCUGCUAGUGACAGAAAACAAAGAGUGACACUAUUUUGUUCAUUGGGCGCUGUUGCUGACGUCGGUAUCUUUUUGCGGCUCUUCUGCACCAUUUUUUAUUUAUUUAUUAUUUUCACUUUUUUUUUUCCUGGGAAUAAAAUUGUCAGAUUGCGUUUUUUUUUCUGGUGGUGAUACGGAAAUCUCUGCGGAGGGGAACACUGGAAAUGAAGAGAGUCCUCUGCGUGCUUUUCGGCAUAUGGCUGGCUACUUUUGACAGGACAGAUCUGGUAAGUGGAUAUUUUUCGACCCCGCCUGUUCUUGACAUCGCAACUGACGAAAUUGUGAUCAACGUGAAUGACACAUUAAGUAUCACCUGCAGGGGACAGUUGCCCCUGCAGUGGUCGUGGCCAGGAGGUAUUAUAGAAUCCGAUACAAAGGAAAAGGACUCCUCAGAGUUGGAGCUGAACAGCCCAAACAGCACUAGAAAGGUCAUUGUAGAAGACUGUGAAGCUACAUCCAGUAAGCCAUACUGCAAACUCUUCAAAUUAACAGGAUCCCUUGCUAGCGAUUCAGGAUCUUAUUGCUGCCAUUACAAAUAUAUCAAUGCUAAGGUUAAAGGUGCCACUGCUGCAAGUGUUCAUGCCUUUGUACAAGAUUGGGAACGGCCAUUCAUCAACCCAAUUGGGACUCUUUUAAUAAAUAAAAAUACAACCAGAGUCCCAUGUCAAGUGUCCAUUCCAGACCUAAAUGUCACUCUGAAAACGCAUACUUCUGUUAUUAUACCGGAUGGCAAGAGUGUCUUAUGGGACAACAAGGAAGGAAUGUUGGUCCCUGCCGACUGGAUAAGAGAUGCUCUCAUGGUACAAUGUCUGACAAUCAUUGACAAGAAGGAACAUUCGUCAAAUUAUUUCUUUGUCCAUUUUACAGGUUACCAUUUCUAUGACAUGUACCUAUCUCCUAAGGACACAGUGGAGCUGCUAGUAGGAGAUCAACUUGUACUGAACUGUACUGUAAUUGCUGAGUUUAAUACUCCAGUCUACUUUACUUGGGAUUACCCUGGCAAACAGAUCAACCGCCCUGUAAUAGAACAGUCCGAUCGUCGCCCCCAGAAUGACCACACAGAAAUGUACAGCACUCUUAUCCUGCCUGAAGUAAAUCAAUCAGACCUCGGGAAGUAUGUGUGUCAUGCAAUAAAUGAGAAUUGGCACUACCAGGAGAGCAACGAGGUCAUUGUGCACGAAAAUCCUUUUAUCUCUGUGGAAACAAAGGAGGACACAGUCUUUGAAGCCACAGCUGGCGACAAGAUGGCAAAACUGCCAGUGAAACUCACUGCCUAUCCAACUCCAACAUUUCAGUGGUUUAAAGAUGGGAAGCCAAUAACAUUUAGCAGCACUUACGGAAAGUACGGCCAGUCUCUUCACUUUUUGCAGAUCAGGGAAGUGGUAGAACAGGAUGCUGGAAGAUACACUUUGGUGCUGAAGAAUGAGCAGGCUGAAUUGAUGGAGCAGGUCACUUUACAACUUGCAGUGAAUGUUCCCCCAAAGAUCCACGAGAAAGAGACGUCAUCUCCAAAUAUCUAUGCUCAAGGUAGCCGACAUGUCUUGACCUGCACAGUUUUUGGGGUUCCUGCUCCUACAUCCAUCCAGUGGCAGUGGCGACCGUGGACACCAUGCAGGGUGUACAGCCGACGCAGUGUAGCCCGUCAAAGGUCAUCUCGUAGACAUCAACGUGACCGAAUGCCUGAGUGCAAAGACUGGAAGGACGUGACUUUGGAUGUGGAUGUAAACAGCAUUGAAAGCAUAGAGACUUGGAGCGAGUUUGUGGAAGGGCGGAAUAAGACUGUGAGCAAGCUGGUGAUACAGAAAGCAAACCUAUCAAUCAUGUACAAAUGUUCAGCUUCCAACAAAGCAGGGAGAGAUGAGAGACUCAUCUACUUCUAUGUAACAACAAUCCCAGAUGGCUUCCGUAUUGAUCCCCAGCCUUCCCAGGAGCCAAUAGAAGGACAGAAUCUCAGUCUGAGCUGCCAUGCAGAUAAUUACACCUAUGAGAACCUGCAGUGGUAUCGGCUUAACUUGCUCACUCUACAUGAUGCUGAGGGGAACCCACUUGUCCUGGAAUGUAAGAACGUGCAUCAGUAUGCUGCCCGUAUGAAAGGAGAGCUGAGGCAACAGUCAGGAACCAAUACUGCAGCACUGGUACUCAAUAUACCCAACAUAUCCUUGGAAGAUGAAGGUGAUUAUGUUUGUGAGGUCCAGAACCGAAAAACGCGGGAGAAGCACUGUCAGAAGAAAUAUAUUUCUGUACUUGCACAGGAAGCACCACACAUGAGGUUUGAUCUGUUUGACAAGAUGGUGAACGUCAGUGACUCCAUGGAGAUGCACUGUGAGGCUGAUGGCACCCCCAUCCCCAGCAUUCUUUGGUACAAAAACAACAAGCUGAUUGAAGAGGUCUCAGGUAUAGUCUUGGGGGAGCAUAACACAACACUGAGCAUCCAGCGAGUCAGAGAAGAAGAUGCUGGCUCGUAUCUCUGUACAGCCUGUAACGGAAAGGGAUGUGUGAAUUCCUCAGCCAGCGUGUCUGUUGAAGGAUCUGAUGACAGGACUAAUGUUGAGAUAGUGAUUCUGAUUGGCACCGGAGUCAUUGCUGUCUUCUUCUGGAUCCUCCUUAUCCUUAUAUUCUGCAACAUCAAGAGGCCCAGCCACAGUGAGAUAAAGACAGGUUACUUGUCUAUUAUUAUGGACCCUGGUGAGGUGCCCUUGGAGGAGCAAUGUGAAUAUCUACCUUAUGACUCCAGCAAGUGGGAGUUUCCUCGGGAUAGGCUGAGACUUGGUAAAGUAUUAGGACAUGGUGCUUUUGGUAAAGUGGUUGAAGCAUCAGCUUUUGGCAUCAGUAAAAGUAGCAGCUGUGAGACAGUGGCAGUCAAGAUGCUAAAAGAGGGAGCCACUGCUAGUGAGCACAAAGCUUUGAUGUCAGAGUUGAAGAUUCUCAUCCACAUUGGAAACCACCUAAAUGUUGUGAAUUUACUGGGGGCCUGCACGAAAUCCAAUGAACCACUGAUGGUUAUUGUAGAAUAUUGCAAGUAUGGAAAUCUGUCUAAUUAUCUGAGGACCAAGAGAGAUGGAUUCAUUCCCUAUCAGGAGAGAUCUCCACGGUCACGCAGUCAGGUCCGUUCAAUGGUGGAAGCUGUAAUAGCUGACAGGAUAAGCAGAGAAGGAAUCAAUGAAGAAACCAUUUUUGGCAGGAUGCUGAUGACCAAAAAUCAGAAUCAGAGGAAUCCAGAGAUGAAAGAUUUGUGGCAUUGUCCACUCACCAUGGAAGAUCUGAUUUGCUACAGUUUCCAAGUGGCCCGUGGUAUGGAAUUCCUGUCAUCCAGAAAGUGCAUCCACAGAGACUUGGCUGCCAGAAACAUACUCUUAUCUGAGAAUAAUGUUGUAAAAAUCUGUGACUUUGGUCUGGCCAGAGAUAUUUAUAAAGAUCCGGAUUAUGUCAGGAAAGGAAGUGCACGUUUACCUCUGAAGUGGAUGGCGCCGGAAAGUAUUUUUGAUAAGGUUUACACGGCACAGAGUGACGUCUGGUCUUUUGGAGUGCUGCUCUGGGAAAUAUUCUCACUCGGUGCCUCCCCUUAUCCUGGUGUACAAAUCAACGAGGAGUUCUGCCAAAGACUGAAAGAUGGAACGCGCAUGCGGGCCCCAGAAUAUGCCACAACUGACAUUUAUCGUAUCAUGUUGAGUUGCUGGUAUGGGGAUCCUAAGGAAAGGCCAAUAUUUACCGACUUAGUGGAAAUCCUGGGAGACCUGCUGCAAGAGAAUGUCCAGCAGGAAGGAAAGGACUACAUCCCUCUCAAUGACUCAACGAGUUUAGAAGAGAUGGACUCAUCGCAAGCUCCUAUCUGCCCACAACACAAUUCUGAUGAGGAAGAGUGUGACAUGAGACUGCACUGUCAUAACCUGGCUGUAAGAUAUUACAACUGUGUUUCCUUUCCUGGCUGCUUUACUGGGGGCAACCAGAUCCGCUGCCCAUCAAGACUGAAAACAUUUGAAGAAUUUCCAAUGACACACAUGGCACACAAAGGGCACCCGGAUAAUCAGACUGACAGUGGGAUGGUACUGGCUUCAGAGGAACUGGAGAGGAUAGAGAAUAGACACAGGACAGAAGGUGGAUUCAGCAGUAAAAGCUCCCGUAGAAACAAGGAUAUAGCUUCAGGCUGUUCAUCCCCCCAGAACCGGAGUCACCCCUCAUACCCAUCUUAUAGUGGAGGGCAGACAUUUUAUAACAGUGAAUAUGGAGAGCUGUCAGAACACUCAGAAGGGGACAGCUUCACUCCCCCUGGAGGCUCUGCCAGUCCCAGGAUCCUCCAUGCCUCCUUCUUCUCCGAUGAAAACUGAAUCUCCUCAGAGGCCUUUUUCUCCUCAUCAUACUCAACAGUAAACACUAAAUACACAUGGAAGGAAAACAAAAUGGAUGACUGUUUGCCCUAUUAAGGCCACAUAUGUCUGGACAAUUCUGCUUUUGUUACCAAGGAACAGAAACUGGAGACUGAACUAUAACAAAACCUAAACUAUAGACAAAUGAUCACAAUUUCAACCAAUAGGAGACUAUAAUACAUGUCCUCUUGUUACAGAUUUUCCAGGAUUCUCCAAGGAAAACACACUUGCUGAGGAUUAAUCUUCAACUUCUCUGCAUAAUGUCUGAUGUGUAGUUUGUUCUAAAAUGGACUUAUUAAGCCACAAACAUCUAUCAUCACUCAAAAAUAGGUCCAAUAUUGAUCCUUUACCUAGCAUAAAAACUUUUAUAUUUCAAAGAAGCCUUUCCAGAGAGAAACAUUAAUGCUGCCAUUACAGACUAAUAAUUUUACAAAUGCUAGCUGCCAGGCUGUCAUGCUGACGUUCAAUACGGAGAUCAAGAACUAGGAAGCCAGUAAGGGCCUUUUUACACCAGCAGCCACUCUGAGCUCAAGGACGCUGAUGUGCUCUGGGAGAAAACCAUGUCAACGUUAGAACUUUUUUUUAAUGUCUUAAGUGAUAUUUCAUUAAGGUCUAUUGGCCUCAGAGCAGUCAUGCCAUGUAUUGUGCUGCACCACGCUGCGCUGAAAAAAGUACUGCAUGCCAUCAUUUUUUUCAGCACACACCACUGACUUUGCUUGGACCAAAGGGUCAAUAAAUAGCCAGGCACCUAGAGAUCAGCAAUGGCAACCCCCAUAUUUCUGUGCCAAAAGGUUGACUUUAUACAAAGUCCCAGCUCCUUUUACAGCAGAGCCCCAAAGGAUGAACCAAGAGAUUAAAAUUCCUUCUCACUUGUUUUUUCACUCACUUCUUCUCUAGAUCUAAACUUCAAUGAGUCAGGAUCCAGAAACUGGAGGUCCUGGCUCCGCACCUAUCACUUCCAUUAUGAAGGCAAGCACAUAAAUCUCUGCUGCGUUCUUCAUAAUAUAAAAAGAAACCAGAGUACAAUGGCAGAUAAGGUGCCUAUUUUCAGCUGCUUUUGUACAAACAAUUUCCAUAACCUCAGGCAAAUUUCUGAUCAUGUGCAGGGAAACAAAGAUAA